UAUGAUGGAUAUUAUAAGGAAAGAAUCCAUCGCAGACUAGCAAAUUCAGCCGAGAUUCAUAAUCCAAAUUGGGGUGCAGAGAUUAAUGUAAUAUGUGUGGUAGGAGGUAAUAAUUUUCGACCAGACGUUGGCAUUUGGUUUCAGAAGCCAACAUUUGCACAAGGAACAAGACCCAUUGCCAACUUGUGCCCACCUUCAAACGUAUGGAUAGAG